AUAUCCCUCAAUCGCUGCCGAACUCCAUCGAGAUCUCCGCCGGACCUUCCCUGGAUCUGACUACUUCAAUAAGGACAGCAACCUGGACGCGCUCGGCCGGGUGAUCUACACCUUCGCAGCAAGUAACUCCUACGUUGGCUACUGUCAAGGAAUGAAUUUCGUCAGCGGUAUGUUACUGCAAGUGACUCACUCAGAGGAUGAUACUUUCUGGCUACUGUGCCUGCUCAUGCACAGACACAAUCUAGCUCCGCUCUUCACCGUUGAUAAGGCACUAUUAUCCUUACUGAAAUACACAUUUACUCGACUUUUAGAAACGCAGCUCCCCCAUCUGAACAACGAAGCCGAGGGCAUCAUCAUCGAUGUAACAGAUAUGUACGCUACGAAGUGGUUCAUGACACUGUUCGCUUACAGUUUACCUCUUACUACUGUCUUGAGGCUUUGGGAUUACUUGUUCGCGUCUA